UCUUGUACUCAAAAACACAAAAACCCCAUCCUCAUAUCUCACACACAACUCACAAGUUCAUCCUACUAACUUUCCUCUCCAUUUCUUCCUUACUCUGCCCCUUUUCACCAGCCAAAUUCCUACACUCUCAAGUCUCACCACACACAAAAAAAACACAGAUGGGAUCUGAACCAGAAUCUGAUGAAAAAAACUCCAUAAUCCCAUCAACAAUCCCAAAACUCCCAUUAUUUUCUCUUCAAUCUUCAAAAUCCCCACAACAUUCAGGAAACCUUACUUCCCCUCUUCACACUUCAGCUUCAGUGCCCUUCAAAUGGGAGGAACACCCAGGAAAGCCCUUACCUUGUCUUACACUUGCCCUUCCUUCUGAAAAUACCCCUAUCAAAACCCUAGAACUUCCUCCUAGACUCCUUAAUGAGACUAAAUUUACCAAAACACCCUCCCCUACAACUGUUCUUGAAGGUCCUUAUAAUAUAGGGAAGUCAUCUUCUUUUAGAUUCCUUAGGAGAAGACAAGGGUCAUUUGAUGGUAGUGGUGCCCUUAGUUUUGGGGGUAGUGGUGGAAGUAGUCCUGAUAAAGGUUUGCUUGGAACUAUUGUUCUUAGUAGAAGUAGUAGUAGUAGAAGAGAUCAUAAAGGGUUGUUUGGUUCUUGGAGGAAAAAAAGUGGGUGUAAUUUUAAGACUAAUAAUAAUAAGCAUAAUGAUACUCAUGGGGGUAAUUUUGUCUUUCCAAGCUUCUUAUCUGAUGAUGGUAAUAAUACUAAUGCUACCUGCUGUGAUGGUGGUGCUGCUACUGUCAAGGUUAAGAAGCCCAAUUUAUUGGGAUUGUCACCAGUCAAAUCUCACUUCUGGGCAGCCAUAUAUGGAGCAUUCAAGCAAGUAGUACCCAGUCCUAGGAGAAGUACAAAGUGGAAGAAAGAUGCCUGGUAAAAGCCAUCAUUUUUCCUUGUGCAGUAACAAGUCUCAAUCAGAUCUGCCCCAUCUUACCUUCUCUAAUUAAAGCUCUCCUUUUCCUUUUUCUGAUGAAGCCGACAUGAAUACUCAAAGCUAUAAACAUGAAAAUUAAAAAAAAAAAAAAAAAAAAAAAACUGUAUGUUUAUGAUAGUAGUAGUUCUGUAAGACUACUAAAUUGCUGUGAAUUUGGGGAUGUUCGUUCUUGUUCAGCUUAUUUGACUGUUUCACCAUGUAUAAAGUUCCACGAGUUAUUGUAAGUUUGUAGGAGUAUUAUUUUCAUUGGAACAUUUUGAUUAAGAGAUAACAAGCUGAAAUUUCUCUGAA